UGCGGCGGUCACGUGACCGAGGGCGGGGCGCCGGCGCACGGCGCAGGCGCAGAUCUUGGGCGGCUGGGUCAGCUGUUCCUGGGGGGCGAUCGAGCAGGUUUAGGCUGCUCGCCUCGGCUUCAGAGUCGCCGCCGCCAUGGCCAGUCAGUCGCAGGGCAUCCAGCAGCUGCUGCAGGCUGAGAAGCGGGCCGCCGAGAAGGUGUCGGAGGCCCGCAAACGAAAGAACCGGAGGCUGAAGCAGGCCAAAGAAGAGGCUCAGGCAGAGAUUGAACAGUACCGCCUGCAAAGGGAGAAGGAGUUCAAGGCCAAGGAGGCUGCGGCUCUGGGAUCCCACGGCAGCUGCAGCACUGAAGUGGAGAAGGACACCCAGGAGAAGAUGACCAUCCUCCAGACCUACUUCCGGCAGAACCGAGAUGAAGUCCUGGAUAACCUCCUGGCCAUCGUCUGCGACAUCCGGCCAGAAAUCCAUGAAAACUACCGCUUAAAUGGAUAGAGGGCGAAGGAAGACCUGCCUGUUCCAUGGAUGGGCAUUUCACACGCCUUCAUGGAACAUGAAGCUUUAGCAAAGCUUGAGUUUCAUUCUUGUGAAAAGGCAUUAAGUUAUUUCUGUAUAUUAUGUAGUAGGUCCCUUUGCUUUUUGGAGGAUAGCAAAUCUAGCUUCUUCAUAUAAACUUAGAGCUCAUCCAAAGAUUUCAUCUUUUUACCUCAUUUCUUAGGAAUUUAAUGGGUAUAUGUUGUCUGUUUUCCUAUGCCUUUUAGCUCAAGCAACAUAUAUAUCUGUACUGACUUUUUCUUUCUUAGAUGUCGUGAAAACAAUUUUUUUUAAGAAAGAAAGGGAUUAAAUAUUUUUUUUCCCUAAAGCUUUCUUGAAGGUCAGGGGCUUUAUCUAUGAAAAAGUAGUAAAUAGUCAUUUGUAACAUGUGAAGCAGCAGCCAGCCUUAAAAUAGUCCUUUCUGGCUAAGGGUUAGAACAAUGAACACUAGUAUAAUUGUUUGGGCUGCUUUUAGUGUCUCUAAAUCGAAAUUGCUAGAUGAUAGAAUUGAAGAACUUGUUACAUGUUAUUACUUGGUGUACUGAUAAUCAUUUAAAAGUAAAGACUCUUUGUCAUGCA